AGUAGUCUGGAGGCCCACCUGUGCCUCCCAUGCCCGCUGUAAGCCAUGGCGACGGAUGAUAAAGUAGCCAUUUUAACAGACGACGAGGAGGAGCAAAAGAGGAAGUAUGUGCUGGCCGAUCCUUUCAAUGGGAUUUCCAAGGAGGAAGAUCUCCAAGCCCGAAGCGACACGCCGUCGACGGAGACCACUACCACCACCAUUCCCGACGAGGAGCUGGACUGGCUUGAGAAGCACUGUGUCAUCGUGAACAAUGACCUCCUGGUCUCAAAAGUGUUUUAUUUUUUCUUUUAUGCUGCGUACGGCUCGCUCUACCCGUUGCUGCCCGUGUAUUACAAACAACUGGGCAUGACCCCCAGCCAGAGCGGACUAUUGGUGGGCAUCCGGUACUUCAUCGAGUUCUGCAGCGCCCCUUUCUGGGGCGUGGUGGCGGACCGCUUCAAGAAAGGGAAAGUGGUCCUCCUCUUCUCGCUCCUGUGUUGGGUGUUGUUCAAUUUGGGGAUUGGGUUCGUGAAACCGGCCACCUUAAGGUGCUCACCGAAGGUCCCACCGGCGGUGCACCCAACCAACGCCAGCCACAUCCCGGCGACGGCCCCGCAAAACAUUUCUGUUUCUUCCCCGAUCGCUGCAGCUGGGGCGACGUUACCAAAGGGCAAAGAGAAAAGAGACUUGCCACCUUCCAGCCUUCCACCAGUGGGCUCGGCUUUAUCUGUCACUCCUGAAGCCCCGUUCUACCCAACUACUCUCAGUGGAGACUGGAAACUAUCUCUAAAUGAUGAAGGGAAUAUCGUUACUGGCAAUACCACAAAUCUAAACUCGGUGAAUUCGGCGGUUACCAUGGGACUUGUGGGAAAUACAACCCACUCUUCGACAUCGCCUGCGGUCACCACAAAGACGGUGUCUCCCGCUCAGGUCUCUCUCGUCUAUGAUCAUAGGGAGGUGGAGGCUAUCUUCCUGCUUAUCCUGUUAGUGGUUAUCAUAGGAGAGUUUUUCAGUGCCUCUUCUGUGACCAUCGUAGACACAGUUACCCUGCAGUAUCUUGGCAAGCACCGGGACCGCUACGGGUUGCAGCGCAUGUGGGGCUCUCUGGGCUGGGGGCUGGCCAUGUUGUCCGUGGGCAUCGGGAUCGACUCGACCCGUAUCGAGGUCUUGGUGGAGGGCCAAGGCUGCAAAGCUCCCGAGUACAAGAACUACCGUAUCGUUUUCAUCGUCUUCGGGGUGCUGAUGACCCUUUCCUUGAUCGUGGCCACCCAGUUCCGGUUUCACUACAACCAUUACAAGGAGGAGGAGGAGGAGAGCAAAGAGGCGGAGGGCUCCCAGGGGGACAGGAAUCCCUCCAUGGACUCGUCCUACGAGACCCCCGGCGACGCGAGUCCCGCGCAGUCCUUCAGCUUUCGGGAUUUGCUCAAGCUGCUCUGCAGCAUCCAGUAUGGGUCGGUGCUCUUCGUGGCUUGGUUUAUGGGUUUUGGAUAUGGCUUCGUGUUCACCUUUCUCUACUGGCAUCUGGAGGACCUGAACGGCACCACCACUCUCUUUGGCGUCUGCUCCGUCCUGAGUCACAUCUCUGAACUGACGGCCUAUUUCUUCAGCCACAAAUUGAUCGAGCUGAUCGGCCACAUCAGGGUCCUGUAUAUUGGUCUUGCCUGCAACACGGCUCGGUACAUUUACAUCUCCUACCUGGAAAACGCCUGGACCGUUCUCCCGAUGGAAGUCCUUCAAGGUGUGACUCACGCGGCCAUCUGGGCGGCCUGCAUCUCCUACCUGAGCGCUGCGGUACCUCCCGAACUCAGAACUUCGGCUCAGGGCAUCCUCCAGGGACUUCACCUGGGCCUAGGCAGAGGAUGCGGCGCAAUGGUUGGGGGCGUCCUGGUCAACUACUUUGGGGCGGCGUCAACUUUCAGAGGGAUCGGAAUGGCCUGUCUCGUGAUCCUCUUGCUUUUUGCUUUAAUCCAGUGGCUGGCAGUUCCUGAUGAACUUGAAGAAAAGGCCAUGCUGGCCGAAAGGAUCCCGGUGCCUUCUAGCCCUGUGCCCAUCGCUACGAUCGAUCUCGUCCAGCAACAGACCGAAGACAUCCUGCCUCGGCCUGAGCCCCGGAUCCCCCCCAAGAAGACCAAGCACCAGGAAGAGCAGGAGGAUGUGAACAAACCCGCCUGGGGAGUCAGUUCUUCUCCGUGGGUGACUCUCGCUUACGCCAUCUACCAAAUCAAGGAGAUGGUGCAACUCUCCAAGAGCAACCAGGCCCUGGAGAACCAACCUCUGCAGCAAGCCAACGAUAGCCCUAGCGGAGCGCCGAGGAGCCCUUCAAACCAGUCUCCUAAUCCGAGAAGCGGUGACGCCUCCGGAGACGCCUCGGUGCCUCCGGCUCCCCUCGGCCCCCAAUCCAGCCCCGACUGCCCCAUGCCGGACCCGGCUCCUUCGGACUGUAAAGCUCCGUCUCCGGCGGGCGAGCACUAA